AUGUCCCAAACACCCGCACAGCCCCCAGGCCCCGUGGUACCAGGAUCCCAAGAACGACACCGACCGGGGACCCUCAAAACUGCCGCCGGUAACCACCCGCCCACCACCUCAAAUUGCAUUCCUAUCCGUCGCCGCCUUUCCAUCACGCCCACAUCCAUCUCCUACCCGUGA